AUGGUGUGGCCCCUCGGCCAGUACCCAGGCUCCCCUAGUCCAAACACCCUGUCUUCUUAUGCAGGUUCCUGGGAGACUCCUGUACUCAUUCUGAUAACCUGUCACUGGGUGCAGGCUGGCCAGGAAGGACAAGCGCCCCUUGGGCCAGGCGUGGGUUCGCGCCGUCCCCGUUCCCACCCGCACCCCACCCCGUCUCCAGCCCCGCAGCUCCUGGUGUGCCCCGGGGGCCCGCCCAGGCCACAGUGCCAGCUGCACCUGGGGCGGGUCCUCCCCUCCGCCACAGCCGGACCCCCACCCACCGCCCCGUCCCGUCCCCAGCUCUCUACUCACCACUCCGGGACACACGCUGAGCCCAACUCCUGGGUCCCUGGGAGCGGAGCGGCCGGGACUCCCGCAGAGUUCCCGGGCGGGCCAGCCAGGGUGAGUCAGGGCGGGCGGGACAGGAGCCGGGGAGCCACCCCGCCCCGCCCCCGGGACGACUCGGCCCCGCCCCGCUGCAGGCGCUCCCAGGUCGACGCCCCUCCUGGCGCUGCGCAGUCGGGGACGCAAGUGACCCUGAUCUGGCUCUGCCCGAGGGCCCAGCCUAUCCUCGGCCAGGAGGGCAUUGGUCGCCAGGUGUCUGGGGUGGGGGUCGAGCAGACCGCGGAGAAGCCGCCCCGCCCCCCAACGCGCGCCUCCUACCCCCCUCGGCGCGCUCCCGCCUGCCGUUCCCGGGUCUGCAGCGCGCGCGCGCGCGCCCCCGGCUCCCCCGCCCGCGGCCGAGGGGCGGGGCCGGCCGAGCUCGCCGGGCGCCGGCGCCUGAAGCCCCCUCCCCUCGGCCGGCCGCCGCUCUCGGCCGCCGCGGCGCUCCGAUCCGGCCCCACCCGGGCGACCCUGCGCGGAGCGGCGGGAGGCCGCAGCCGGAGGUGCCCGCAUCCCUCGGGGAGGCCGGGGAGGGCUCUGGGGCUGGCGGGGAGACCCGGCCGUGCGCUCCGGUCCCCCGCAUCUGGAGCCCUCGGCGGCAGCCCCCUGUCCCCGAGGCGGGUCGUCUGGGUCCCUGCGGGGGCCACGGGGAAGCAGAUCGAGGCCCAGACCGACGUUGAGGCGCCCGUGGGUGGCGAUGCUGGGGAGAGGGCAGCGAGGGGCCGGGACCCAGAUCCCCCAGGCAGCGCAGCCGUCCAGGACCUGGGAUGCUGA